AUGGUUGGAACGCCCUUCCUUGUCUCCACACUGGUGUUUCUUCUCACCCAGUACGUAACUAACUUCUUGAGUUCGGGUGCAAUUCAUAUGGAAAAUCAGGGUGCACAACGCAUAGCCAUGGCGAGCACGGAAGGGCUUGUCGUCGGCUUCUCGACAGCAUCCAGCAGUGAAGAGGCACGAUCUAUUGCAGAGAAUCUAAUCGUGAAGAAUCUCGCUGCAUGCGUACAAAUAGUGCCUGCUGUGGAAAGCGUCUACGAGUGGAAGGGGGAGCUUGUGAAAUCCGCCGAAGUCCUGAUGAUUAUCAAGGCGCAGAGGCAACAUGCUCAAGCGGUGGUACAGGCUAUAAAAGAAAAACACUCCUACGAAGUUCCAGAGGUUGUGUUUACAGAAAUCGUCGAUGGCAACACAGAUUACCUACAGUGGGCUCGCGCUGCCACCCAGCCUAGGGGUUCGUAA